AUGGCCACCUCCGCCGCCGCGACCGCCUCCGCCUCCCCGGUGCUCAAGAAGCCCGUCAAGCUGGCCUGCAUCCAGCUCGCCUCGGGCGCCGACAAGACGGCCAACCUCGCCAACGCGCGCGCCAAGGUCCUCGAGGCCGCGCGGGACGGCGCCAAGAUUGUCGUGCUCCCAGAGUGCUUCAACUCGCCGUACGGAUGCGACUACUUCCCCAAGUACGCCGAGACGCUGCUGCCCUCGCCGCCGACGCGCGAGCAGUCGCCCAGCUUCCACGCGCUGGCGGCCAUGGCGUCCGAGAGCGGCGCGUACCUCGUCGGUGGGUCGAUCCCUGAGCUGGACGGCAAGACGGGCAAGUUCUACAACACGAGCCUGGUGUUCUCGCCACAGGGCGAGCUGCUGGCGACGCACCGCAAGGUGCACCUCUUCGACAUUGACAUCCCGGGCAAGAUCACGUUCAGGGAGUCCGAGGUCCUCAGCCCCGGCAACUCGGUGACGGUCGUCGACCUCCCCGAGUACGGCCGCAUCUCGGUCGCCAUCUGCUACGACAUCCGCUUCCCGGAGCUCGCCAUGAUCGCCGCGCGCAAGGGCUGCUUCGCGCUCGUGUACCCGGGCGCCUUCAACCUGACGACAGGGCCGAUGCACUGGCGGCUGCUAGGCCAGGGCCGCGCCGUGGACAACCAGAUCUACGUCGCCAUGUGCAGCCCCGCGCGGGACGUGAACGCGUCGUACCACGCGUACGGCCACAGCCUCAUCAUCGACCCGAUGGCGAACGUGCUGGUGGAGGCGGAGGAGAAGGAGGGGAUCGUGGCGUGGGAGCUUGACGGCGAGAAGAUUUUGGAGGCGAGGAGGAACAUCCCGAUCAACACGCAGAGGAGGUUCGAUGUCUAUCCCGACGUGAGCCAGGCCAAGGUCGAGGCGUAG